AUGGCUACUAGUGAAGCCCGGUGAGCAAGUUUUCAUUGUGAACAAACAGAAUAGACUUUUUUAUAGCUGUGCAAUCCUUUCCAAUCAAAACAAGCAGUUGAAGAGUCAAAUUGAAGUUUAUAAGAGUGAAAACGGACCAUUGAAAAAGUGAGUUUGUAUUGAUUGACUUUAAGACGAAAGUAAUAUUUUUCAGUAAAUAUGAGCAACUAAAAAUAAGGAGCGAUAAAUUGUCGAGGGAGCUGACCGAUCUGAAAAACAAGUUUGCCGAGAAAAACGAAGAAAUUCGACUGCUCAAAAAGGAGAAAACGGAUCGAGGAGGGAAUUCGAGCACGGGCAGCCUUAGAGAUCAGAGGGAAAUUGCCGCGCUUCGGUUGCAGAAUGGAAACUUGGAGCGGAAAGUGCAGAGAUUGGAGAACAAUCAGUCGAACAUUCAGGGCCAGAAUGCAAAGUAGAGAAAAGCUUGUCUGAAGACGAACAUGAGCUAAUUUCAGUUUGCAAAGCCGUCUUGACGCUGAAAAAGUGAAAUUAGAAGUUGCGCUUCGAAAGUUUGAAGAGGAGAAGCAACGAAUCCUGUUAGCCAACGACGAUAACGUAGAGAGUCUCAGAAAGUCAUUGGCAGAGGCGAAGAGCACUAUUGAGAAGAUGAACUUGAAGCGAAAGAGGAAUGUUGACGAGUACGUUCGAUUCCCUUAACUGUUUGAACACGAAAGAUUUAGAGAAUCUGCGAGCCAACGCAUUGAUGAGCUCAUGUCACUGAUUCAGAAAAAGAACAAUUUCAUCGAACUGGCGUUGGAAAAAGAAGCAGAGGCUGAAAAUCAGAAAAGAGAGUGAGGCUUGAAUGAUUAACUAACGAAUAAGGGAAAAUUUCAGCUUCGAAAGGCGAGUGAGUGAGUUGCGAGUCCAAGUUUCCACAUUACACGAUGACAUGGAACAAUUGAGAGGAGACAACUCUCAGUUGUCCGCGCAACUCCGUUCACUGACGGACGGCAAUAGAAAUGACCUGGAGGACGACACGUGCCUGAUUUGUCGGGGCGGAAUAAAUGGGAACAUGGAAGAGUUCGAGCAGCUUCCGAAGUGCAACGUCUGCCGCAGAAGAUAUCAUGUCGAGGUUUGUGGGUGAUUAGAUCCGUUUGAUAAGUAAAAUGUCUUAGUGUCUCGCCGCUUGGUGCGCAGACCACGAGCAGUGUCCGGUGUGCAGAUGCAGCGUGGAUCAGAUGACCAACUUUGGCAACAAUUUCAACUGA